GGGUGGGAGGGACAGAGUGUUGCAAAUUCAGAGCCAGCUGCACACACAGACAGACACACACACACAAAAAGAGAAGAAAUCAUGUGACAGAAACGGAAAUGGCCAACAGCUGAUGCCUGGUUCAGUGCUUCAGAGAGAGACAGAGAACAAAAGGGACAACAGUGAUCGAGUGGGAUAACAAAAGACGCUUUCUAGUUCCUCAUUCCGGGAGGUUUUAUUUUCCAGCAGACCCACUGCAUUUGAUGAAGCCUGUUUUUUUUCUUGUCGAGAGGAAUUGAAGAUGGCACCGGACGAAUGAGUGUGUUUUUUUCACUUAAAAUGACACUUGGGGGCCGUGACUCGCAUUGACGUCUGUCUGAAGAACUUCUUCAGCCCAGAAAUUGUGUCCAGGUCUUUUGUUACCGAGUCCCCGUGUUUGUCUGCGGCUUGGAUUCCUCCACACCUCGGGCCGGCUUCCUUUGUCUGAGUCCCCCCACCCCCCGACGCUGUCAAUGUCAUGGAACUAAUGUUUGCUGAGUGGGAGGACGGUGAACGUUUUUCCUUCGAAGACAGUGACCGCUUUGAGGAGGAUUCCCUCUGUUCCUUCAUCUCUGAAGCCGAGAGCCUGUGUCAGAAUUGGCGGGGAUGGAGGAAGCAGUCGGCCGGUCCAAAUUCGCCCACUGUUAAAAUCAAAGAUGGCCAAGUUACCCCUUUGGUCGAACUGUCAGCCAAGCAAGUUGCCCUGCACAUUCCCUUCGAAGUGGUUGAGAAGGUUUAUCCACCGGUCCCUGAGCAACUGCAGCUUCGCAUUGCCUUCUGGAGCUUCCCUGAGAAUGAGGAAGACAUCAGGUUGUACUCGUGUCUGGCUAAUGGCAGUGCUGAUGAGUUCCAGCGAGGGGAGCAGCUUUUCAGAGUGCGUGCAGUUAAGGAUCCACUUCAGAUAGGAUUUCACCUGAGUGCCACUGUGGUUCCUCUGCAGACUGGACAGGCUAAAGGAGCCUUCAAUGUGGCCGUAAUGUUUGACCGCUGCCGGAUAACCUCAUGCAGCUGUACCUGUGGAGCAGGAGCAAAGUGGUGUGCUCACGUGGUGGCUCUUUGUCUCUUCAGGAUACAUAACGCAUCUGCAGUUUGUCUGCGAGCACCAGUGUCUGAAUCACUAUCCCGGUUACAGAGAGACCAGCUUCAAAAAUUUGCUCAGUAUUUGAUCAGUGAAUUACCUCAGCAGAUUCUUCCCACUGCACAGAGGCUCCUCGAUGAGUUGCUUUCAUCUCAGUCGACAGCAAUUAACACAGUCUGCGGGGCUCCAGAUCCCACUGCUGGGCCAUCUGCUUCAGACCAGAGCACCUGGUAUCUUGAUGAAUCUACCCUCAGUGACAACAUCAAGAAAACGCUCCAUAAGUUCUGUGGGCCGUCUCCUGUUGUGUUCAGUGAUGUUAACUCUUUGUAUCUGUCAUCGACGGAGCCGCCAGCUGCUGCCGAGUGGGCUUGUCUUCUGCGACCUCUUCGUGGAAGAGAACCAGAAGGCAUCUGGAACCUUCUCUCCAUUGUCCGUGAGAUGUUUAAACGACGUGACAGUAAUGCAGCACCUCUACUUGAGAUCCUGACCGACCAAUGUUUGACAUAUGAGCAGAUCAUUGGCUGGUGGUACAGCGUCCGAACGUCUGCCUCGCAUAGCAGUGCCAGUGGCCACACGGGCCGCAGUAACGGCCAGACUGAGGUGGCGGCUCACGCCUGUGCCAGCAUGUGCGACGAGAUGGUGGUCUUGUGGAGGCUCGCUGUCCUGGACCCCACCAUGAGCCCCCAGAGGAGGAAGGAGCUUUGCACACAGCUGAGACAGUGGCAUCUGAAGGUGAUCGAGAUUGUGAAAAGGGGACAGCAUCGCAAGUUGCUGGACAAGCUCUUCCAAGGCUUCAAGCCUGCAGUCGAGGCCUGUUACUUCAGCUGGGAAGAGGCGUUCCCCAUUCCGGGAAUCACCUACAACAGUGCCGAGAAGAAGAGCGGCUUCUGUUGGGCCAAGGUGAUGCAGCACAAGAGCACCAAGAGGUGUGGGGAGGCCCCGAGUGCCGAGGUGGCCGGUGAAGGUGGGGGCACCGGGGCGGCCAAGCCUCAUGGGCCAGAUGUGGUCAGCACCAAGGCAUCCCUAACCGAUAAAGGCCGGAGCCCGCAUGAGGUGGUGGUCCGGCCAAAGGACAGUGGGGCCAAGAGGAAAGUGGCCUCUGAGACCACUCGCUGCAGCCUGGGCAGGCCAGUGGCAGAUGGUGACAAGCCCACUUACAAACUGAGCACCAGCAAGUGCAAACUACCUCAGACGAAAUUCCCGACCAGCAAGCAUUCGGGAAAGCGGAGGACGAGCAGUGAGGACAGCUCGCUUGAGCCGGAUCUGGCGGAGCUGGGGCUGGACGACGGUAAUCUCGCCCUCGGUGCUGAGGCAUGCAACACCUUCGACUUUGACGGCCCAGCCAGCAAUUUCAAGGACCUCUACCCGGAUGAGAGUGAAGGAUUCUUCCCUGAGAGCUUCGAGCCUGAGGCAAACAGCGAGCUUGCUCAAAGGCGGGCCGCAGAGCAGGUUGAGGGUAUGAGCGACAGGGAGAUGGCCACCCAGAGCACAACCGACUCACCGAAAAGGCCAGCCCCAGAGGUUGCAGAAGACCCGGCUGUGGGAGAGGAUGACUAUCAGGUCUAUUACCUCCCACAGGAGGAGGCCAAAGAAGAGGAAAAACCAGAGGAAAGCAAUGAAGAGGAGCAAGACAUCCUUGCUGGUUUAAAGCCCCUUGAUCAGGAGAAUCGAAUGGAGGUGCUGUUUGCCUGUGCUGAAGCACUUUAUGCGCAUGGCUACAACAACGAAGCGUGUCGACUGGCGAUUGACCUUGCCAGGGACCUGCUGGCCAAUCCUCCGGAUUUAAAGGUGGAACAACCACAAACUAAGGGCAAGAAGAACAAAGUUUCAACUCACAAGCAGACGCUGAUUGCGACUAACACGCUGGCUAAAGCUGCCUUCUUGUUGAUAGUUCUGAGUGAAAGACUGGAGCUCCACAAUCUGGCUUACAGCAUUGGCAUGUUUUCCCUGGAGCUGCAGAGACCACCAGCGUCAACAAAAGCACUGGAGGUUAAACUUGCUUACCAGGAAUCGGAAGUUGUGGCCUUGCUGAAGAAGAUUCCAUUGGGGAUCGUAGAGAUGAACACAAUCCGGGAAAGGGCAGAGCAGCUGAGAGAGGGAAACUUGUGUGAUUACAGGCCAGUCCUACCACUCAUGUUGGCCAGUUUCAUCUUUGAUGUCCUGUGCACUCCAGUCGUUUCACCCACUGGAUCAAGACCCCCAAGCCGAAAUCGGAAUAACGAGAUGCCUGGUGAUGAAGAGCUUGGCUUUGAGGCAGCCGUGGCGGCGCUGGGUAUGAAGACCACAGUGAGUGAGGCAGAACACCCCUUGUUGUGCGAAGGUACUCGGAGAGAGAAGGGAGACCUUGCACUUGCUCUCAUGAUCACGUACAAAGAUGAUCAAGCCAAGCUUAAAAAGAUUCUCGACAAGCUUUUGGACAGGGAAAGUCAAACUCACAAACCUCAGACACUGAGCUCGUUCUACUCAUCCAGCAAGCCUCUGGCCACCAGUCAAAAAUCUCCGUCGAAGCACGCCUCGCAGGCCACAGCCAGUGUCCAUCAGCUGACCAAUACGGCAUCCGCACCUCAGCAGGCCAGCGUGCCCGCCCCGGUUCAGAACACUGCAGCCGAGAACUUUCCCGAGGGGUCAGCACACGAGAAUGCUCAGCGAGCCCCAAGCGAAGCUCCCAGCGAGUCAGGGACCUUCAAGCAGGAGGGGAAGAUACCAAGUCGACUGACGCUGGGCAGCAGAGGUGGAUAUAAUGGUCGCUGCUGGGGGUCACCAGUCAGGCAGAAGAAGAAGCACACAGGAAUGGCCAGCAUCGACAGCAGUGCUCCAGAAACCACCUCAGACAGCUCACCGACGCUCAGCCGCAGACCCCUGCGCGGAGGCUGGACGGCUGCGUCCUGGGGCAGGGGACAGGACAGCGACAGCAUCAGUAGCUCAUCCAGCGACUCCCUCGGAUCGUCCUCGUCCAGCGGCAGUCGGAGGGCCAGUGGGGGUGCCCGGACCAAGAGCACCGAUGUUGGGAGGUACAAAGGCAGGCGGCCUGAAAGCCACGCUCCGCACGUGCCUAAUCAGCCAUCUGAGGCAGCAGCCCAUUUCUACUUUGAAUUGGCAAAGACGGUUCUCAUCAAAGCGGGAGGCAACAGCAGCACAUCCAUCUUUACUCACCCCUCGGCCAGUGGUGGCCACCAGGGACCCCACCGCAAUCUCCACCUGUGCGCCUUCGAGAUUGGACUCUACGCGCUGGGCUUGCACAACUUUGUCUCACCAAACUGGCUCUCGAGGACCUAUUCUUCGCAUGUCUCCUGGAUAACAGGCCAGGCCAUGGAGAUUGGGAGCUCAGCACUGAACAUCCUGGUUGAAUGUUGGGACGGUCAUUUAACUCCUCCCGAAGUAGCCUCUUUGGCAGAUCGCGCGUCACGCGCCAGGGACCCCAACAUGGUCCGAGCCGCAGCAGAACUGGCAUUAAGUUGUCUACCGCACGCUCAUGCUCUGAAUCCCAAUGAAAUCCAGCGGGCACUAGUUCAAUGCAAGGAGCAGGACAACACCAUGCUGGAGAAGGCGUGCAUGGCAGUGGAGGAGGCAGCCAAGGGUGGAGGCGUCUACCCUGAGGUGCUCUUUGAGGUGGCUCACCAGUGGUACUGGCUGUACGAGCAGACGACAGGCGGCUCUCAGCAGCGGGAGAUGUCGACCAUCGGUAGCCGCGGCACGCACGAGGCAGGGAGGGGCGUGGUGGAACACUCGGCGCUGAACGAGGGACCGGCCACUGUCACUGUGGCUGCCACCGUGACGGCCACCGCCGUGGUGCCGGUGAUCACUGUGGGGUCCACUAUGUACCAGCAACACACCAUCGCCGGGACGGCCAUCGCCCAUCCCCAUGCACAGGUCUUCCCCUCCAGCCCCGCCAUGACUCAUCCCUACACCACCAUUCAAACCCACAUCCCGUCCGUCUGCAACGCCGCCUACCUCGGACAUCCCAUCCAGCACGUCCCACGACCUGCCAUCUUCCCCGUCGCCGGAGCAGCCUACCCACAGGGCAUGCACCCCGCAUUCAUUGGAGCUCAGUAUCCUUACACUGUUGCAACCACAACCCACCCGGCCAUGGCAGCUCCACCCGUCACCUUCGCAGGGGUUCCUGUGCCCCCCAUGUCACCAAUGGCUGUGCACCCCUACCAGUCUGACCCGAGCCUGCCUCUGACGUCGACCGUAGCAGUUGCCAGCGUACAGGCUGGAACUACUUUCCAAGCUGUUCAAGGAGCAUCCAUACCGAGCCUAACGACGCAAGGACCCUCAAUAGUCACGCCGACAUUCCCUACAGAAGAUGAACAGCAUUCACAGCCAGUCAGUCCACAGGGGUUGCACUACUUGCAUUCAGCGUACAGAGUUGGAAUGUUGGCUUUGGAAAUGCUUGGAAGAAGAGCUCACAACGAUCACCCGAACAAUUACUUCUCUCGAAGCCCACCCUACACAGAGGACGUCAAGUGGCUUCUAGGAUUAGCAACAAGACUGGGUGUGAACUAUGUCUAUCAGUUCUGCAUGGGUGCAGCCAAAGGAGUCUUGAGUCCAUUUGUCUUGCAGGAGAUCAUUAUGGAAGCAUUACAGCGCUUAAACCCUGCUCACAUACAUACUCACCUACGGACGCCAGCAUUCCACCAGCUCGUUCAGCGAUGCCAGCAAGCAUACAUGCAGUGCAUUCAGUACAGACUGUACCAUAUAACGCCGGCUGAUUAUGACGAUUUUGUUAACAUCAUCCGCAGUGCACGGAGCGCGUUCUGCUUGACGCCGGUUGGAAUGAUGCAGUUCAACGAGAUCCUUCAGAAUUUAAAACGUGCUAAGGGUCAGAGCAAGGACUUGUGGCAAAGAAUCUCAUUGGAAAUGGCAACCUUUUCUCCUUGAUGUCUGUUGC